UUGUUUUGUUAAGGUGCUCUUCCUUUUCCCUGGUAAUAUACUAAGAUAAGAUAACAGUGGCGAUUCAUUUCUUAAAAAAUAAUAAUAAAACAAUUGAAUUGUAAAAAAUUUCUCAUUUUCAAAUCUUGGGGUCUUGACCGUUUUGUACAAACGACAUGUACUUCUCGUAUCUCCAUGUCCUAGAUCCCUGUAACAGCCCCCCUGUUCCCUUUACCUGUCCAUUCAGUUUAGCCUUUCUUUGCCGGCCUCUUAAUCAAUGUGUCAUCAUCUGGGUUUUUGUUCCUUCAAAUUUUAGUUUUAGUCAUAUUUAAUCAAUCUGGAAAUAGGUUGCUUCUGGGAAAGAGGGUAUAUUUUAACAUGCCCAUUCUUUCCAUGCAAAUAAACAUUGCUUUAGUCCUUGGAUUUCAACUUUGUGGUUUAACUAUGGAACUGUCUUAAAAAAAAGUACUGAAGACUAGAUUCUUCUAACUUUCUGAGCCUUAUUCAUUCUAGAGUUUCUGAUCUCCCCAAGUGGGGUUCUGUUAGAAUUUGUAAGUUGGUUAUACGAAAGUACACUUGUUGUCAGCAGAGAAUUUCUUCUUAUUCAGACAAAUUUCAUCCUUUGAUGAGUUUUGGACACUUGAGUCCUUUGUUAAGGGAAUGGGUUUCAUUAAAUUUGAGGGACAAAGUUUCUAGUACUGUUAGUUUUUGAGUGUCUACAUUUUAUGUUUUUAUCCUUAUUGGAACUCACUCAGAUUGUCUUGUUCUCCUGUGGAAGUGACAAAUUUUUUUCAUGAUUCCUUUAUGAGCCUGGGGGUGUUAGGUGUAGGUUUAUAAAGUUGCCAGAUGUUUUACCUCCUGGUGUCUCUGUCUUUGGUCUUUAGGGUUUCAAUGGCACUCUUUUAGUAGCAGUAGUUUGGCAAAUCAAGCCUCAGAUCUGAGACAUAAUUGUCAACAAAGACCAGGAAAUUUGUGUUGGUAGUUGGGUUUUAGCUGUAAGUUCACGAGAUCAGACGUUUGUGACAAGAUAGAGCUGUUGAUGAACGUUUUCUCAGUCUGACUAAGUGUGUCUUUCCAUUCAUUCUUGUUGGCAUUUCGGUGUUUCUAAGAAUUCUAGAAGAAUUGUUUCUUAAAUUCUAGAAACUCUUCGUUGAAAAAUUUCUGGGUUUUGGUUUUCAAAAUGGGGCAUUCUGCAGCAGUAUGGGAUUACAAGGCAGCGACAGAGAUUACAAAGGAUUGGAAUGGGAUUGAUAAGGUUGUGCUUCGAAACCCAGGAGGGGCUUCAGCAAGGGUUAGCUUACAUGGAGGUCAGGUCACUUCAUGGAGGAAUGAGCAAGGGGAAGAACUUCUGUUUACUAGUAGUAAGGCAAUUUUUAAGCCUCCAAAAGCAGUUCGAGGAGGGAUCCCUAUUUGUUUCCCACAGUUUGGUUACUGUGGGUCACUCGAGCAACAUGGAUUUGCUAGGAACAAGAUUUGGACAAUUGAUGAAAACCCUCCACCUCUUAGUCCAAGUGAUUCCCAUGGCAAAUCCUUCAUUGACCUUUUGCUUAAACCAUCUGAAGAAGAUCUUAAGUGCUGGCCCCACAGUUUUGAGUUUCGCUUGAGAGUGUCGCUUGCAGCAGACGGAAGUCUGAUGCUAAUAUCACGAGUUAGGAAUGUCAAUGGGAAGCCAUUUAGUUUCUCUUUUGCGUAUCAUACAUAUUUGUCGGUUUCUGACAUAAGUGAAGUGAGGAUUGAAGGGCUGGAGACGCUUGACUACCUAGACAACAUUUGCCAAAAGGAACGUUUUACAGAGCAAGGAGAUGCUAUAACUUUUGAAGCCGAGGUGGAUCGAGUUUAUCUCAGUACGCCAAAUGUAGUUGCUGUACUUGACCAUGAAAGGAAACGGACAUAUGUUAUCCGAAAGGAAGGACUACCUGAUGUUGUGGUAUGGAAUCCAUGGGAGAAGAAAUCGAAAUCAUUGGUAGAUUUUGGAGAUGAUGAAUACAAGCAGAUGCUCUGUGUUGAUGGAGCAGCAAUCGAGAAGCCUGUAACCUUGAAACCAGGUGAGGAAUGGACAGGGAGGCAGGAACUCUCAGUUGUACCAUCAACAUUCUGUAGUGAGCAUUUGGAUCUCCAGAGCAAUGGUUUUUGAUGGAAUGGUACGAAUCAAAUUUUCAGAAGAUGUACCAGUACGAUGUAUGAUGUUUCAGUAGCUUUACUCGUAGGAAUAGUUCAAUGAUAGUUAACAGCAUGCUUAUUAGCAUUGAACUGAGUGUAAGUAUGAACUCCAUGUUCUAAUGCCAAGAAGAUGGCAAGUCUUUGUAACAGGAAUACACAAUAAGCCUACGUUUUUUCGAGAAUGGCUGCUAAACUUUUUCCACAGUAAAAAUUUGGUCUUUGUUGAUUUCUCUA